GUACGAUCUGUCACUUUCGUCAGACAUAACCUCAAUUUCGUGGAACGCACACACAUUUUUAAAACAGAUUUUUGUACAAGUAUUAUAGAUUUAAAACGUUAUCAUCGCAAGUCGUUAAUACGGAUAAAGAUUAUUAAUAUUAGUGUUGUGUAAUAUGAUUUAGAUAAAUAAUUGUAGUUGAAUUUGGGAAUUUAGAGGUGUUGGGAGAAUCGUCCAUGGAUUUUUAGAGAUUUUUUUUUAUAAUCAAGUGAUAGUAUUAUCAAAAGAUGACUUCUUCCGAAAGUGUUAGUUCAGAGGAAAAUGUGGUCCGAUAUCGAAGGGCUCAAAGUACAACCAGGGCCGAAGAGAUAACAAAAAACGAACAGAAAGUCAGAUGGGCCCAGCCUGAUAAACCAUGUCAUCGACCAAGGGAUUCCCUGUUUUCCUGGACAUCAGGAUUUCGAAAUUUUCAAGGGCUCGUAAAUUGGGGUUUUUUGCUACUUAGUAUAGGAGGUUUGAGACUGGCCUUAGAAAAUGUUAUCAAAUAUGGUAUUCGAAUCGAUCCCAUACAAUGGUUUAAUGUUUUAACAGGACGAAAUGAAGGAGGUGCAGAUCAUCCAUCUAUUGUUUUAGUUUUAUAUUCUGUCGUUCCAGUUGUGAUAUGUUUGCUUUGUGAAAAAGCUCUGUCAGUUGAAAUUAUAAAUAAUGGCACAGGAAUGUUCAUACACGUCAGUAACAUAUUUGCUUUGGUCGUUCUUCCUGUGAUUGUUUUGAGCAUUAAAGGAAACUCUUUCAGUUUAUUCGGAGGAACCACAGUUUGUUUCGUGUACGCAAUACUGUUUCUCAAACUGUGGAGCUACGUGCACGUAAAUUUGUGGUGCAGAAAAAACUUGAAGAGGCCUCGACAGGAAAAAAAUAGACAGAGAAGGCAGAGUUUGUCUGUUAGUUUCAAUGAAGGUGAGAAAAACGGUUCAGCCAAGUCGUUGGAAAAAGAUCCCAAGGGUAUUGUGAAAUAUCCUGAUAACCUGAGCCUGAAGGACUUGUAUUAUUUCCUGGUUGCACCAACUUUGUGCUACGAGUUGAACUUUCCCAGAACAUCUAGGAUUCGUAAACGUUUUUUGCUAAAACGUCUACUCGAAGUCGUCGUCGGAAUUCACGUAGUAAUGUCUUUGUUUCAACAAUGGAUGAUACCUUCUGUCAAAAAUUCCCUGACACCUUUUUCCACAAUGGAUAUUACGAAAAUUACAGAACGUUUGUUAAAAUUGGCUAUUCCAAAUCACCUAAUGUGGCUGUGCUUUUUCUACUUGACAUUCCACUCGUUUUUAAAUUUAAUUGGCGAACUUUUGCAUUUUGCUGAUAGGAAUUUCUAUGCUGAUUGGUGGAAUGCUAAUAAUAUUGAUACGUUUUGGAGGACUUGGAAUAUGCCUGUUCAUAAAUGGUGUGUAAGACAUUUAUACAUUCCAAUAGUCGAGUUUGGUUGUGGAAAGUUCACGGCAGGCAUUGUUGUCUUUUUGAUAAGUGCAUUGUUACACGAGUACUUGGUGAGCGUACCCCUAAAAACCUUCCAAAUUUGGGCAUUCACCGGAAUGAUGGCACAAAUUCCUUUAUCAUUCAUAUCUCGAUUUAUGGAAAUAAACGUCGGGCCAAGAUGGGGAAACAUCGUGGUAUGGUCCUCCAUAAUCCUGGGCCAACCUUUGGCCAUAAUGAUGUACUACCACGACUAUAUGAUAACUCAUUACGGCGACACAUUGGUCAACGGAACGAGUCAUUGAUAGGAAAAAAUAAAGAAAAUCCAUUUGCAUUCCAUUAAAAUUAUUUUUGUAUAUAUUAAAUUAUAAAGC